CGUCCCUGAAAUCCCUCCGCGGGGUCCUCUGCCCGUGUUUCAGACACUCCGCCUCAUGUUCGUCCGCCGGAGUCCAUCUGUAACCUUUAACUCGUUAAACAAACCAGCGAUCAAUCCCGCAGUCGGUAACCGCACAAAAACGCGCUAAUCCCGCCAUUCCGGUGGGGGGAACUUUAACCACUAUGGCCGCCGAGAUGACGGUUCGGCUCGGCUCCCAUCAUGGGUUCUAAGAGGGAGGUUCUGACCCAAGAGUACAUCAAGAUGAUGACGGAUAUGAUCGUGCUCUGCGUCACGCUGGCACUCUCCCUCUUCUUCUGGGUCGUCUCCCUCACCAUGAGCGCCGUCUCCGGUAAUCUCCAGCCCGUGUCGCCAUGGCGAUGGCUGUUCUCCAUCUUGGUUCCCCUGAUGCUGACGGCCCGCGCGCUGAGGAGGCGCAGUCUGGACCGGUCCGGCGCUCUAGCAGCUCUGCUGGUUGGCUUCGUGUUGACCAUGGCCAAUUACAGCUUCUUCUCGGCCCUGCUGGCGUUCUUCAUCACGUCCUCCAGGCUGACUCGCUGGGGGGCAGCGAAGAAGAAGAAGAUAGACGCAGACUACAAGGAAGGAGGUCAGAGGAACUGGGUGCAGGUCUUCUGUAACGGGGGCGCGCCCACAGAGCUGGCCCUGCUCUACAUGAUCGAGGUGGGUCCGGGGGAGAUCCCCAUCGACUUCAGUAAUCAGUACUCCGCCUCGUGGAUGAGCCUCUCCCUGCUGGGGGCGCUCGCCUGCAGCGCCGGGGACACCUGGGCGUCGGAGGUGGGGCCGGUUCUGAGCGAAACGCCACCGAGACUCAUCACGACCUGGAAGGAAGUCCCGGCAGGAACCAACGGCGGUGUCACUCCUGUCGGAUUAGUUGCAAGUUUUCUGGGCGGUGCCGCAGUGGGCGUGGCUUACUUUGUGACUCAGCUCGUGACAGUGAGCGACCUGCACCUGGCGGACCCCCAGUGGCCGAUCGUGGUGUACGGCGGCGUGGCCGGCCUGCUGGGCUCCGUGCUGGACUCCUUCCUGGGGGCUCACAUGCAGUACUCAGGGUUCGACGCCAGCAUCGGAAAGGUGGUGAGCUCCGAAUCCGCCACAACGCAGCGGAUCUGCGGGAAGCCCAUCCUGGACAACAAUGCCGUCAACCUGUUCUCCAGCGUCCUCAUCGCCCUCUUCCUGCCCGGGAUGGCGUGGGGGGCGUGGCCUCGAUAGAUGAGCGCCUCACUAAAGACUGUAGGUUCUGAUUAGAAGACGAAUCUGCUCAAUCACGUUAGGAAAACCGAAUUUAAUGAGGAGCGUCGCCGGGACAAGAAGCUCCUCCUCCUCCUCUGUGCUGGUUACCAUGGUGAUCAUGUUUUACCAGAAACUCUAUGGGAGGUGGAAUAGUCUAAUAAAGUUUACAGUUGGUUCUUCGUGA